AUGGAUAGGGCAGUUAAAACUUCUGAUUCAGGGGUGUUCAAAGCCAUCCUACAGCAAAGAAUUCUGGUGCAACAGUGGCAUAAUGAGUGGUUGACUAUGGUGCAAACACAUAAGUUUAAUGGUAGGAAAUUCUACAAUUUGUUGCAGAUGGAUUGCCCUAGUGUGGAGUGGUAUAAUCUGGCGUUCCACAACAAAGCUAGGCCUAGAGCGGUGUUCACGCUUUGGAUGCUUUGUCAUGGGAAAUUGCCUACACACAUGAGACUGCAUCGUUGGGGUAUGGUACAAACGACUGCCUGUGGUUUUUGCGACAAAGAUGAGACCAUUGAUCAUAUAUUCUUUGAGUGUGUUAUUCUGAAAUGGAUAUGGCAAAGAGUCCUAAACUUGCCGCGAUUUCAGCAUGAGCCUGGCAGUUGGACACAUGAGAUGAACUGGUUUUUGCUGCACUAUCGGGGUAAAGGCUGGAAAGCUGAUUUGAUACGUUUGGCCUUAGCGGAAACAGUGUACGAGGUAUGGCAGUACCAAAAUGAGAGAUGUUUUGGCCAUAGUGUAAAUAAUAGCGAUGUAGAGGGGAAAAUUAUCAAUGGUAUAGUUUAUAGAGGGUGGACUAGUCCUAAGCUUAGGCCACAUAUAGCUAACCUUUUAAUGCCUUAA